AUGUCGUCCUUGGGUUCGAUCGCUGCUGGACUGGACAGGAAGUCGAUCUCCCGCGAUCAACGGAGAGGAGGAAUGCGAGAGAUGGAGACGCGCUCUCAGGAGGGGGCGGGGCAAUGGGUUCCUCUGCGAUGCGUCUCUGGCCACCUUAUAUCGCCACCAGUGGUCGCGAACUCGAGCUCGAAGCGGAGACGGGGGACAGGGGCAGAGUCCGAUUCGAAUUCGUGGCGCGAAAUCCGAGUCGGUGUCGAGCGCGAUGGCUGCAGUUUGGGAAUUUACGCGCAGCUUCUAGAACCCUCAGUUCUUCCACUGUAUAAGUUGAUCGGAGCGCCGAGAGCGUUCCCUCCGCUCCCCCGCGAUCCAGCAGCAGCCGCCAUGUUCGGCGUCGUCUUCCCGGACCACAGCUUCCCCCUCGACGCCACCGCCUUCGCGCAGGUGGCGCCCAACUCCUGGGCGCUCGACCUCUCCACGCUCGCCCUCGCCGCCGCCCCGCGCUCCGCCGUCGUCUUCCUGCUCCCAGCCGCCGCGGCGGCGCUCCCGCCGGGCAAGGCCGUGGCCGUCUACUUCCAGCCGGCCGCCAAUCGCCCCUUCGCGUUCCUCGGCGCGCUCGGCCCCGGGCGCCCCUCCGCGAGCCUCCCGCUUCCUGAGGCCGGCGACGACCCGGAGCCCCCGGUCGGCCCGCCGAAGCUGGGCGUGGCUGUAGAGGACGCCGCGGCGCUGCCGCCGCCCCCCGACGAGCAACGCGCCGAGCGCGUCGCGCUCCGCGUCGGCGAGAACCUGUUCAACUUCAUGCAGUCGUUCUGCGGCGCCGAUGGCGGCAAGCUGGUGGUGCCCACGGACAUCCUUGACCGGUGGUUCCGGAAGUUCCAGGAGCGGGCCAAGAAGGAUCCGGCGUAUCUCAAAACCUUCGACUUUUGAGAGCGGAGGUUAUUUUGCUUGCCUGCAACCAUUAUGUCGGCAGAAAGUGUUGGGUAGUAGAGUUUUGUAGUUCUGUACAUUAUCUAUCAGUUCUAUAUUUGUACGUUGAAUUUCAAUCAUCGUUGUUGCCAGUUCACUUUUCUGAGAAUAGGCACCAAAAGCGACAAAUAUGAUGGAUACUUGUGCGUGCCAAACUGUACAGAAGUACUACAUUUGAUUUGACCUUUGGCACUGCAUGUCACAGAUAUCUUGGCUUUGCAGCAUGCUAAGAAAUGGAUAGCUCUGCCUGAACUGGACGCGAUAAUUGCUAUUUUGAAUUUUUUUUAUUUUUUAAACCUUUUAAUACAAAAUUUUAUUACUAAA